AUGGUGAGUAAUGACGAAUACGUAGUUUUGCGCGGGUUUCCUACCAUUGCAGUUAGUGCUCGACUGGCCAAGAGAGCGCUUGUCGAUUCAUCUGGAAGCUCUCUAGAUGGGGUUUCCUUGAUAUUCGCUUUGCAGGCAGUAUACCCCAAUGGGCUAUUCAAUAUUCCUAUUGUCCCAGAAACUGGAUUGGCAGUCCUUAAUGUCACAGGGUUAUUUAACAUGAUUAUGUGCAACAUAGUCUCUAAAAGCGGAGUUACGUUUUCCAUCGGCGGACCGUAUUCUCAGCAAGUUCAGUUCGCGGGUGGGAAGCAGGUUGCAUUGCUUUCGUACACUUGCCAUGUUAUGAGUCAUGAGAAGGGAACUCUCGUAGACUAA